AUGCAGACUUGUUCCGGUGUGGCCUCUAAGGUGUAUGGUCUGCAGCUGGCGGGCAAGGGCCGCCGGCUGCAGAAAGAAGAGCCAGUUGCAUUGGAACGUCUCGUGGCAGUGGAUGUAAACCAGCGAAGUAUCGAUGGCUACACUUCGCUGCACGUGGCGACUGCAGCAGGCAACGCCGAGAUGGUGGCUUUGCUGCUCGAGUCUCGAGCAGAUGUCUCACUCUCCACCGUCUACCGAUCGGAGCUGCCUAUCCAUUUUGCUGCUCAGGGAGGCUAUGACAUUGUAUUGCGCCUUCUCGCGGAGCCCACGAAAGCACGAGGCCUUCUGGAUGUUGGCAACGUCACUGGCUGGAAUGCUCUGCACCUCGCAGUGGCGGCACAGCACCACGGCGCAGAGACCUGA